AUGGCAGGACUUACUCAUGAGACCAUCGCUGAAAUUCGCGAAGUUUUCAACCUAUACGAUGAUCGUGGAGAUAAUCAUAUCCCGAAGCAUUAUCUAGGCGAAGCGACUCGUGCAUUGGGAUUGAAUCCAACUGAAAGAGAGAUUCGGUCGAUUCUAGCCGAUUUACAACGCGUCGAACGUUUGUCCAUGGAACAAUUUCAAGUGAUCUUCGACCGAUUAAGUCGACAGCAAGAGUAUGUCGCGUCUGCUGAAGAAUUCAACGAUGCUCUGCGAGUUUUCGAUAAAGACGGAAGUGGUCUCAUACCAGCGACAGAAUUACGACAUUUAUUAACGACUUUAGGUAAAACGAAACGCGCAAUUUGA